UGCUGCUGCUGCUGCUGUUGCUGCUGUUGUUGUUGUUGUUGUUGUUGUUGUUGUUGUUGGUACUGGUAACGCUGCUGUGGGUCUCGUGGUUUAUCUACACGGACACAAAUAUCAUCGACAGAUAGAUCUCGGUUUUCACGCUUUGCAGUGAAGAAAUAUGUGAGGUGUGCUCGAGUAUGAUUGUCGACAGUGUCGUCAAAAUUGUUAUGAUCAAUCGGUUCGGGUGACCAUCCCGAUCGUGGCGGCGUGUGAACGUUGCCAUUGAUGUCGUCGUCUCCUGCUGUUGUCUUUGGUGGUGUAUAGUUGGAUGAAAACAACUGUUCUUCUUCGUAGCCGUCGUCCCAAUCAUCGCUCCAGAUACUAGGCUUGCGGUUGUCUUCCUCUUUUGUUUCAUCCCCUUCAUCAUCAAUUGCACCGUGAAUCUCAUUUCUAACGCCGUGUUCUUCUUCAAUAGUUUGAAUUGGAUUGCUAAUAGAAGCUAUGGUAUCCGUAGCACUAUUGCUUGCGACACGCGUCGGUGAUGUUUUUUGUUGUUGUUGUUGCAUAACCGGAACAUCUUCAGAUCCGGAGGCAAGAGACGCAGUUUGUUGGGGGCUACUGUUUGCAGCGGUGACACGCGAAGUGGCAUUAGCUGAAGUCAUCGUUGGAGUGAACCAAUUUGAGGGACUUGACGUGCUAGGCGAAGAGGCGAGAGGUGUAUUUGUCGUUGCUGUUGUUUCUUCAGGCCCGCGCCAUGCGCGCCAUUGGUGGUUUGCAGAAUCCUCGCCAUCGUUUUCGUUGGUCCUCAGGUACGGUGAACGUCCGCCGAAAUUACUCCUUGGGGACACACUUCGGCUGCUUGUAGUAUUACUCCACGACGGUACAGGCGAUCCGGAUUGAUUACUGUUAAUGUUGCCUCGUGGCAUCCGCGGUGAAUUUCGGUAGUUGUGUGGCCUGCCACGCGAUUCCUCUCGCGGUCGUUGUUGACCAUAAUAGUCAGACAUGAUUUGCGGUUCGAGUCAAAGGAAGUGGACGAAGAGGAAAAGAGGAGUGUAGCACAGACCUUGGUGAUAUUAUCAGGUUAAAUGUGAAUGUAGU